AUGAUGGUUGUUAAAAGGCAAGAAACAGAAAAUAAUAUGCAUGUGCUUAAAGAAGUUUUUGAAAUUAUCAAGUUCCUUGGUCGUCAAAAUUUACCGUACAGGGGAUCUGCUUCUAAUGAAACAAUAUCAAACUUUGAUGAUAUUUUAAUAAAUAAAGGUAAUUUUCUGGAAAUUUUUCAAUUUGCAUCCAAAAAAGAUGCCAUUUUGCAUAAACAUUUACGUCAAGCUAUUAAAAAUAGUAAACUAAGGAAGGAGAGGUUAGAGAAAAAUAAAAAUUUGAAUUCAAAAGGGCAAGGUUCACUUGUUACAUUUUUAUCAAAAACAACUGUUGAUAAAGUAAUUUCAGGAAUUUUAAAGGCUAUAAGAAAUAAAAUUAAAAAUGAACUUGGUGAUCAAAACUUCAGUAUACAAAUGGAUAGCACCCAGGAUGUUGGUGUUAUGGACCAAGCAUCUAUUUGUGUUCGCUACAUCAAUGAUGGUGAUAUAAAAGAAAGACUUUUUGCAAUUGUCCAAGUAAAGAGUUCUAAAGGUAAAGAACUUUAUAAAUUACUGAAAGAUUGUUUUUUUGAACAUGGCCUUAAUUUUAGUAAUAUAAUUGGUGAGUCAUCUGAUGGAGCCAAUAACAUGAGUGGUCAAUUUUCUGGUCUUUUAUAA